UCGUUAUAACACCCUUACUACUGCUGCUUUUUCUUGGUUCAUCCUCUUCUGUGCCUUUUACAUCUAUAUUUUCCCAGCUUUUUAUGACUGUUGUGGUUCCUCUUAUUAUUGGACAGAUUGUCCGAAGAUACAUCAAGGAUUGGCUUGAGAGAAAGAAACCUCCUUUCGGUGCCGUUAGCAGCAGUGUGCUCCUCAUGAUCAUCUACACAACAUUCUGUGACACGUUCUCAAACCCAAAUAUUGACCUGGAUAAAUUCAGCCUCGUCCUCAUACUGUUCAUAAUAUUUUCUAUUCAGCUGAGUUUUAUGCUUUUAACCUUCAUCUUUUCAACAAGGAAUAAUUCGGGUUUCACACCAGCAGACACUGUGGCUAUCAUUUUCUGUUCCACACACAAAUCUCUCACAUUGGGAAUUCCGAUGCUGAAGAUAGUGUUUGCGGGCCAUGAGCAUCUCUCCUUAAUAUCCGUGCCCUUACUUAUGUACCACCCAGCUCAGAUUCUUCUGGGAAGUGUGUUGGUGCCAACAAUCAAGUCUUGGAUGGUGUCACGGCAGAAGGGCGUGAAGUUGACAAGGCCAACAGUAUAACAAAGGAACCACACCUUCUGCCAUGAUGUAUAUAUGUACAGGAUUGUACAGACACACAAUUCUGAAGACUUGUACAUGUGAAUGUUGCUUCAAUGCAUAUUUUAUUUUUUUACACAAAAAUAUGAUAUACCUGUUUAAGUGCCUUAAAAUAUUUUUGACAAGAGCGUUUGUUCCAAAACAUACUUUGUCGGUUACUGCCAGGGGUGGUACAAUUUUGAGGAUAUUUUUUUCCUAGUGCUAGAGACAGUCAUAGUAAGUGGCAAAAAAAGCAAACAUGCUUCCUCUGCACCAGCUUUUGUGCAAUACAACUCGGUGAUCGUUACUGUAAUGUUUGAAAUGAGGUCACACCAUCAGGAAAAUACCCUUCUGAUGACAGUGAAAAUUUCCAAAGUCUGAUUCACGCAUACUUUGAUUUACUGUGUGAUUCUUUUUUUUCUUACAACUGUGACAUGCCUCUUCCUUAUCAACUCAGCAGGGGUCACGGAUCGAAUAGAUGCUGAAAAACAAGAUACCUGCAUUCCAUGCCAUCAUUUUUUAAGACAUUCCUUCAAAUUGUUUCCACACAGAAAUUCCUCAGUCCCAUCAUAAGAAACUGAGGUGUUUUAUGUCCUAAAUUUAUUAUAAGCUGCUUCAAAGAAAGGUCCUGGUGUUUGAGUUAUGAGUGAAUUACGUGAAGUUUUGAGUUAAAUGAUACAAUUUGGUUUUCAGGGUCUUUAAAUUAUAUCUUAAUAUGUUGUUUCUCUUUGUUUCUUAAUUUUUUUCUUACCUGUUUUGCAACACACUUGCACACUUUUAACAGCCAAAUAUAAAACAAAAGUGUUGCAAUCAGUUUGAAAGCAGCAGCAAUUAAUGAUGGAUUAAAUUCACAUUCCACAACUGAAUUUUUCCAAACCAACAUUUUUCUUUCCUGUUACACGGAGGUGCUGGGCAUUUUCCAAAUUGCCCCUUUUAGCCAGAAGCAGCCUGUUACAUCCUUGCAUUAAGCACACUUAAGGCAUUUGAGGCAAUUUAUUAAUGAGAACUUCCUUAGCAGAUUUGACAAAUGUUUGCAACAUUUUUGAAAAAGUUAAAUCAUAUUGCUUUUAAGAAUAAAUGAAAAUAUAAAGGUCAGAUGCAAACAAAUGUUACAUAGACACAUUCUGUCUAACCAGAUGGAAAGAAAAUGCAAAACCAUUCAUUAACCAAAAUAUCAAGUAAAAUUAGUUCCCAAUCAGGCAUCAGCUUUCAAAGAAGUGUCCAAUAUUUGCUUCUGCUAUGACUGCAAGAACUUUAGCUGGACCCAAAUAGAGAAGAAAGCAACAUACAGAACUCAAGGAGCGUGUUUCUGUGUUUCCUGCACACCAUCCUGUCACAUCCUCUCUCCGUGUCCUCUCUUGAUUUGACAGACGAUAUUGGCGUACGAGGUCUCAAGGAGGCCGCGCCGUGUCCUCAGCAGCUGUUUUUGUUGUGUUGUUGUUAUUGCCCACAACAACAAAAGAAAUCAUUUCUUACAAACCCACCAAGGUUAUCUAUUAUCUAUCUUUCUAUUAUUGUUACUACCAGCUCUUAUCUUUUGACAAUGUCAUUAAAUCUUAUAAAUUUCACAAGAUUUAUUCUCAGCGUAAAUGUUAAGGUCAUUGUCAGACCAUACCAAAAUCUAUGUUGAACAGGCUGUAGUACACACUGUCAUCAAGAAUUUCGCUGUGUCUAAAACUACAGUAAUUUUGCUUGAUAUUUUUGAUGCUUAUCUAUGGAGCACAGAAAGGCUUUCAUGUCUUGUUCCUACAAACUCUUUGAAUUUCAGAGUAAAUGGAAAUGUCUGUCUGUCUAUCUGAGCUUUCAUAAAAAUCCUUCUCCUUAGCAUUAGAGUACUGAUUCUUUCCCCCCCAACUUAUCUACCUCUAUUGUCUAACACCUAUACUAGGUGUGUUUAUGGGAUAAAAUUCAACUGAAAAUGCUAUGAUAACAUUUUAUCUUUUGCUUUAAAAAUGUGGGGUUUUUUUUCAAAUAAUCUUCUUUACAUAGUGAACUUUAUUGGCUUUAGUGAUAUGCUUAUGCCCAUUUCUUUUUUUACACAAAUGCUGUGGCAUAUUUUUUCAUAAGGUACAAAAAAAUCAAAAUUUAUUUUUGAUUCAUGUUUACUGGGAUUUAAUUCAUGCUUAUUCAGAACUUAGAAUAUUUUGUUAUAACACUUUCAAGCUCUCUGUUUUAUACAUUCAUUUUUGUCUCAAUGUAUUUAUGAAAGAAAUACAUUAGAUUAUGUUUACUAAUUUUUCCACCUGGGUUUUUUUAUGGCUGUUACAAAAUUUAAUUUUUUUUUUUGAAAGGGUGAUAAUGUUGAUCUUUACAUGUGUUUUUUCUAAGUGUUAAAAAUUUGGGGUGGAUUUUUUUUUUUUUCAGUUCUUCCCUAUUCUGUCUAAAACUAGCACACCUCUGGCUGAUAUUCCAUGUUUCUUUAUGCUAAAUACCAAAAUUUUUUUCAAAAGGAUUGGUUAAGUAAUGAAGUGGAUUAUUUAUGAUAAAUGGAAGAUGAAAAUAAUUAUAUGAUUAAACAAAGAGAUGUUUCAGAAAUC